GAGCAAAAUCGAGUGGAUAUUAUCAUAACUCCAGAAAGUGAUUCAGACAUUUUGUCUUUGAAAAGAGUCAUACAACUGAAGGUAAGACUACAAAUAAUGUUGGAGACGUUGCGCCUAUUAUAUGCAAUGCUUUUGCUGUUGGCACUUGUUCUAGAGAGUGGUGACGGUAUAGGUUAAUCAUAUACGUCUCGUGCGCUUUUACGCAAGCAUUCUAAUUUUCAUGCGAUGCAUCUGCAUUGGAUGGGAUUUGGCUUGACAAGGAGAUCGAUUGAUAUAAGCAUAUGUCUCCCUCUCUCAUUGUAGCAGCUAUGCCGUGCGUCCAGGCUCAGUACGGAUCGUCACCUCAAGGAGCCAGUCCCGCUUCGCAGCAGAGCGCAAGCAGCUUCCACGCCGCUGGAGAGCACCACAGCCACAACUGUGACUUCCUAACGCCCGAGUUUGUCAAGUUUAGCAUGGACCUGACCAACACAGAAAUCACAUCAGCCAAUACCACCAAUCUUCCAAAUGUCGGUGCUUUCGUGGACAGCUACUGUAACAAUUCCAGCUAUGACGUCAAGCCCCCUUGUCUAUUCCAAAUGCCCCAUCCGGGGGAGCAGUCAUGCAUCAAAGUUGAGGACAUCCCCAUGUACCACCAGCAGAGUCACCACCACCAGCCGCAUCAGUCCGAUGAGAUGGUCACUCCCCCUGGGUCUGUUUACUACAAACCCCCCUCUCCACACACACAGACCUUCCAGAGUCCACCCAGCCACUCGUGGGAUGAUUCUGGAUCUCUGUACAGUUUUCACCAGGACUACUUGGCGGUGGCGCACAGGAUGGACCAGCGGAAAAAUGCCAUAUCCAGAUUCUCCUUGUUUUCUUUCAAGCAUCCCCAAAACGGUAGUCCUUUGUCGACGUGCCAGAUGAGAUUUGAUGGGUCCCUCCAGGUGUCUGUGAACCCGGAUACCUCAGGCAGGUAUCAUGGCUUGGAGAGCCAGAGCAUCUUUGGUUCCAGCGCCCUAAGGAAACAGCACAGGGUGGGUUCCCCCUAUUCGUUCCAGCUCGGUCACGGACAUCACUAUAUGGAUAACCAAGCACCGUCACCUCCUAGCCAAGGAUCACCCACCAACACGGAUGCUUUAUGCGCCGUGUGUGGGGACAGUGCAGCCUGUCAGCACUACGGCGUGCGCACCUGCGAGGGCUGUAAGGGAUUCUUCAAGGUGUGUUUCAUGAAAUAUCUGCGGGGAUUGUUAUACAUUUAGAACUAACGGUCAACUAACAUGCCUUAUAAAUGUAUUGUAAUAUUUAGGCUACUGAUUCAUUGGGUUGUUUGUUGGCUCCUGAUACAAUGCUUAAUCUGGAAACCUCUUCGUCAUGGCAACUAAUUAAAAUCCCUUCAAAAUCAAGAACCUUCAUCUCCUUGCCUUGCCAAUAGAGGACUGGGAGAGGGUAGAGGGUCCCCAGGGAACUUCAUAUUAUGAGUGGCCACGGAACUAUAUUUACCCACUGUCUGCCUCGUCCGCUGCUAUGAUGCAUUACGCAGCUGGGAGAGAAUGGGGCAGACUGCAACGCCAUGGCUAUUCAUUUCCCAUUGUCAAUAUCCGUGGCAAAAGUAUUUUAAUGGCCAUCUUUGUUCAAUGUAUCAAAGCUUCAGGUGGCAACGCAUCAAAUGGCAAUUAAUGUGUCCUCCUCUGUGUUUCUUCGCAGCGCACUGUCCAGAAAAAUGCCAAGUAUGUGUGUUUAGCUGGGAAAAACUGUGCAGUUGACAAACGCCGGAGAAACAGGUGCCAAUACUGCCGUUUCCAAAAGUGCCUUGUAAUGGGAAUGGUCAAAGAAGGUAAGGUUUGUUUUACUUCUUAUAACGCACAACUUUACGCAUCUCCUUUAAAUGUAUUUGCACAUUAUUUUUAAGCAGAAAGCGUGUAGUACGAUAUGUUUUUCAAAGCAUAAUAGUAAUUAUUAAACAAAACAACUUAAUUUAUAUUCUUCAUUAUUCAGUCGUCAGGACUGCCAGUUUAAAGGGUCGACGGGGCCGGUUACCCUCCAAACAUAAAAUUCAAGACCCUUUGCCACCUGUCAGCAUCCUUAGCGCGCUAGUGAGGGCCCAUGUGGACUCCAACCCGUCCUUGUCUCGACUGGACUACUCCCGAGUAAGUACGAGCCUCGGUCAUGCAAUCCCCAUCACUUUACGCACUAGUUCAUUAAUAAAAUAAGUCAUAAAAUACACUGUUGAGCAUUGAGUUCAACUUAACAUCACCUUCUAGUUCCAGAAUAAUCAUGACAGCCAAAUCACCGGAGAUGACACGCAACACGUACAGCAGUUCUACGACGUCCUGACCGUCUCCAUGGAGAUUAUCCGCGAUUGGGCGCAAAAGAUCCCAGGUUUUACCGAUCUGCCGAGACCGGACCAAGAUCUCCUUUUCGAAUCAGCCUUCCUGGAACUCUUCGUUCUGCGUUUGGCUUACAGGUAUCUUAUACAAUAGCAUAUCAAAAAGUGCACCAACAUAAAUUGUCAUUUUACGCACAACAAUUACACGCGUAUCCAUUUGAUCUUAUUGCCAAGUCGGUAUCCGAAUCCUAAUCAUGCGAUGCUAUCAUAUUACAGGUCCAACCCUGAGGAAGGGAAGCUCAUUUUCUGCAACGGAUUGGUUUUGCAUAGGCUUCAGUGUAGGCGCGGCUUUGGAGAGUGGAUUGACACCAUAGUGGAGUUCUCUGCAAACCUUCAAAGCAUGAAUAUAGACGUUGCAACAUUCUCCUGCAUAUGCGCCCUUGCCACAGUAACAGGUAGGUUAAUAAAACCAUAUGUUCUGAAUGUAUGCGCCUAAUGCCAUUGGGUUACGUUUUGAAACGAAUUGCACCCUGUCAUUGUUACAGAGAGACAUGGGCUGAAGGAGCCCAGGAAAGUAGAGGAACUUCAGAACAAGAUGGUGAACUGUUUGAAAGACAAAGUGACUUUUAACGAUGGAAGUGUCAGUCGACCAAAUCACUUGUCAAAACUCUUGGGAAAGCUGCCUGAACUUCGCACGCUUUGUACACAAGGUCUGCAGAGGAUAUUCUACUUGAAACUGGAAGACUUGGUCCCGCCACCUGCGAUAAUAGACAAGCUUUUCCUCGAUACUUUGCCCUUUUAGGUGCCAUGUCAGAUAUGCGAGGUUAGGCGAGGUUAAUAUGGCCAUUUUUGAGUUCCCUAUAUCACGCAUUAUGCAUUUUCUCUCCAUUUGUUUUUCACUGUUUUUGUACCUACCUCUUCAUAAGAGCACUUGAUCAUGUUUAUAGGCCUACAUGUCUGCAUUGCCAGACGAAAAAAAGAGACAACACAACAUUUAAGAUGUAUUUAAUUUAAACAGAAUAAAGAGUUAGACAAUAUCACAAUAUCGUCGACUUCUGAAGAACAUGGAUGUCUUCAACUAUUUGGUCUUGCUUUGAAUUGUGAGUAUAUUAAUUUGAUAACUAACUUUUUUCGAUAACUAUGUUGUUGUAUGUUGACACUGGAUAAUGUAUAUGGAACAUAUAUGCCUGAACGUAUACAGAUUGAUUUUUUAUCAAAUAAUUUAUGGGAGAUGUUUUAUGUAGGGAUAUUUAUUGUCUUGUCACACCUGGACUGUGGUACUAUUGCAUUUGAAUUAAUAACGUAUACUGCUAAAUAAUCUAACGUUUGUAAAUGUGUUCGUCAUUUUAUUUGGUCGGGGGCUUACAAUGUCAGAUUUUUCCAUGCAAAAUAAAAUUCAUGCCGUUUAUUACACAUUUAAAUGAAACAUUAUUUAUGAUGGCAAUUUAUAAGGAUUUCUGACUUUAUUUUAGUUGCUGAAAUAUCGUCAUAAAUCAUCAAACACGAUAACGGGAAAUAUGUUGUUAAAUAGUAGCCUACUAAAUAGUUUCACAUUUUUCUUGUCCACAGAUUUGUCUGACAAUCAUUGAUUGAUUAUGGACUAGUGUAACAGAUGUGAUUCAAAUAUUUGUCAUCAUAUGGUCAGAGGAUACAUAACCAGACCUAAUGUAAAAUGUUAACUAUUCCCAACAUAAAUUCUCAAAUAAAUAACAUUUCUCC